AUGAAAGUCACAAGCUGUGCAAUUUUAUUUGUUCUUGGUUCCAAGGCAAUGUCGUUUUAUGAAUUGAAUUCGAUUUAUGAAGAUUGUAUCGAUGGAAUGUAUGCAAAAUACUUGAGCGAAAAUGGAGACAAUUACUUCCGAUUCCUACAAGACGUCGACCGCGAAUGCGAAAACCUCCUGCAAAUGUACAUCGAUAAAUCAAAAAUAUCCGCCUGA